AUGUCUGCAGACCAGACGUUUUCAUGGGGUCAUGGCAAACCCCAGGACAGCCUGGGAUCCGAGCUGCCUCCAUCCACACCGCCCCAUGCACACCUGACUGAAAGGGGAGACUGGGACUCUGAGAUGUGGCACAUGGUCUUUAGAACCUUCAGCAGCUCGGAGGAAUCGGACCCGGUCAAGGACCUGCACACACUCUCUCGGCUCUGCCGUCACUGGCUGAGGCCAGAUCUGCACACCAUGGAGCAGAUUCUGGAUAAGUUGGUGAUAGAGCAGUUUCUGAUCUCCAUGUCCCCGGAGCUCCAGGUCUUGGUCAAGGAAAGUGCUGUGGAGACUUGCAAAGACCUGGAGAACCUGCUAAGAAAGAAUGAGAAACCCAAGAAAUGGACCAUAGUCACCAUCGAAGGGAAAAUGUUUCUUGAGAAGAAGUCAGAUGUCCAGACAGAGGAAGCACAAGUCAGUGACAUGGACCACGUGUGGGACUUGUCCAUGACACCUCAAUCUUGUGAAAGUCAGAUGGAGAUCCAUCCUGAGGACAGCCAGGAGGUCAACCAAGAGCUGGAGAAUCAGUCAGGAAUCAGUGCGAUGUCAAGUGGGCAGGGAGAGAAAGUCCUCCUGCCAGAGACGAUUCCCAAAAAAGGUGACCUGGAGGGUCUGAGUCCCACGCAGAUGUUGGAGGAGGACCUGAUGCAAGACGAAGAAGAGACCACAGUACUUACAUCUCCAGAGCCUCAGCUUCUGAGGGGUCCAGAGGAUUCUGUGGGUGAGAAGAACCCGCAAGAAGGAAUUUGUACGGAAAAUGUGGAUGCUGACGUACCUUCCACCCAUGGGGAUAACACUUCCAUUCCCCAAAAUGUGCAUCAAGAAGAAGCCAUAUCAUUAGACAAAGGGAAAUUCUCUGGAACACUCAAGUCAAAUUCAGUUCGUGCACCAAGCACCGGGGAGCCAACUGGUCGCCGUGAUGGAAAAGGAGCCAUGAAACGUGCAUUGUAUGAAUGUAAGGACUGCAAGAAAAGUUUUAGUUACGAAUCUCAGUUGACUCUUCACCAGAGGACACACACAGGAGAGAGACCCUUCAAGUGCACGCAGUGUUCCAAGGGGUUCAUGCAGUCUUCGGACCUCCAAGUUCACCAGCGAAUCCACACAGGUGAGAAGCCAUACUGCUGCAAUUUCUGCAAGAUGACCUUCACCCAUGAAUCCACGCUGCGUGGUCACCAGAGGGUCCACACAAAGGAGAGACCUUACCUAUGUAAAGUCUGUCACAAAUCUUUCAGCCACAAAGGGAACCUCAACGUUCACCUGCGCAUCCAUUCUGACAUGAAACCCUACCUGUGUCACGAGUGUAACCAGGCCUUCCGCCAACUGGGAACUUUGAAAAGGCACCAAAAAACACACAUCAACAGGACUCCCCAGUGA